AUGGAAUAUCCUCAUGUCGUCAUCAUACCAUUCCCAGCUCAAGGCCACAUCAAGCCGAUGCUCAUGUUAGCCGAGCUUCUCAGCCAAGCCAGCUUCACAGUCACCUUCGUCAACAACGAGCACACCCACCGCCGCAUCGACGCCGCAGAACACGCCUUCCGCCGCCGCUGCCCGGGGAUCAAAUUCCUCUCCAUCCCCGACGGUCUGCCGCCGGACCACCCGAGAACCGGUCCUUCCAUCGUCGACUUACUCCUCUCCACCAGCACCUCCUGCAAACCGAUUUUCAAAGACACGAUCGCCUCCAUGAGCCACGCGCCGGCGUGCAUCAUCUCCGACGGAAUCAUGUCCUUCGCGAUCGACGCGGCGGCGGAGCUCGGGAUUCCGGCCAUCACUUUCAGGACCUACAGCGCCACUUGCACUUGGACUUAUUUCCAUCUCCAGACACUGAUCCAACACGGCGAGAUUCCGGCGCCGGCCGACGGAAGUGAUGACGUGGACAAACCAAUUCCUUAUAUACCAGGUUUAGAAAAUAUCAUUAGAAGCCGAGAUCUUCCGUCUAUUUGCAAAUUAGACCCCGAAGAUCGGAUGCAACUUACACUUUAUAGGGAUGCAACUUACACGUGA